AUGAAGUACUUUGCCGCGAUUGCAUGCCUCCUGGCAUUAUCGGCGUCGACCAAUGCAGAUGGAUUACUCAGUGGACUCGACGUCUAUGCUCCCAAAUAUUCAUCUUUAGAAUAUUAUUCAUAUCCCAGUUACGCUUUUGAAUACGCUGUCCGCGAUCCUCACACUGGUGAUAAUAAGGCUCAAUGGGAAAAACGAGACGGAGAUGUUGUAAGAGGUGCAUAUUCUCUAGUGGAGCCAGAUGGCAGCGUGCGUGUCGUGGAAUAUCGGGCCGAUGAUAAGACCGGCUUCAACGCUGUUGUUAAGCGUAUUGGCCCGAACAUACACCCAGUAUCAGCACCAAUUUACAAGGCACCUCUACCAGUAAUUGGUUACAAGGCGGAAGUGCCAAUCUCGAUUGGACCUGUAGCAGGAAUCGAGAAGCUAUCAAGUGCACCACUUAUAAAUGGACCUUACUUAGGUGCUCCUAUUCUUAAAAAGCCACUGUUGGCUUACCCUGAAUCUAUAUAUCCCAUUGUAAACGCUCCUAUUCCCGAUUAUAAGUCUUUAGCACCUCUUCAAAACUAUGGAGGUCUUGAUUUAGCUUUACUGGGCAAAGGACUUGUUGGCGACAAAAUACUUUAUGACUUAAAGGGAUAUGAUGCAGGAUUGGGUUAUAAUGGAUACGCUGGCAUUGGACUGGGAUUAGGCUACAAGGGAGGAUACGGUCAU